AUGAGUGCAGCUUUAGGCAGUGCACUUCCACCGGUAGAGCACGCAAUCAGCGUUAGUCUUCCCACAUGGAAAGACCACACGGAUUACGAAGAAGGAGCACCACGAGUUGUUGACGCCAUGGUGACGGGGUAUCCGAGAUUCUUUAUACAUCGCAAAAUACAAGCGCUAUCGGCUGUGAUUCUCAAAAAGUUCGGCAAUCUCGAUAAGGAGAACUGCAUGCUAUUCCCCACACACAGAAUCGCAGAAAAAUGCCGUGAUUUCAUUAUACCAACUGCUACAAACGCCCGUCUCGCCCAACUCACAGUCUGCGACCCAUCCCCAAACCCUGCGAUCCCUUGCAUAGAGAUACACGCUGUUAUAUUCGAUAAGGAUCAUUGGGGCAUUGCCAAACAGUUCUGGCAACAUACGGGUUUAGGCGUUAGCUCUAGACUUGCUGAACGCGCUUUAGACUGUCUGGACAUGUCUGAGAAACUCAGCCCAAAGUCUUCUGUCGCUAGCACUCCUCUUCAUAAUCCUCCUCUGUUCAGUAGAAGCGGUAGUCGCAAUCGUUUUUACAAUAGCAAAUCAAAAUUUUUACAGACUAGCCAACCUCCAACUCCAGGCGGUACUGAUGUAGCUAGUGGAAUAUUAUCUAGCUCUGCCAUUAAGCAGGCGAAUGAGGAUAACAAUGAGGACAUAUUCGAUAAGGAUCAUGCUGUCUAUGUCGAGGAGAGAUACGGAAGAAACCUGCCAUUGGCAUCAGCUCCACUCGCAAAACGAGCAUUGAAGAGACGCAUUGCGGGGGUUGUUAUUGACCCACAUGUCGACGCGGCUGUUGGACCAACGAUUGAAAGUGAACGUGGUGUUGGUCUCACUGAGGAUGAUGUCUGGUUGACCCCGACCGGCAUGGCUGCUAUCUGGUUGACCCACCAGGCUGCUAUGAAAUGGAGAGGCGAAGGCGUUGGAAAGAGCGUUUGCUUUGGUUUCCCCUACACCGAUACGCUCAAGGUGUUGCAGAAGUGGGGUCCAGGCGCUCACUUCCUAGGUAGAGGUGAUGAUGCUGAUUUAGCCAUGCUGGAAGAUAUUGCAAGCAAGGAGCAGCUUCUUGCUGUGUUCUGCGAAUUCCCAGGUAACCCCCUCCUCAAAUCACCUAACUUGGCCCGUCUUCGCGAAUUGGCCGACAAGUACAACUUCCUUAUAGUUGUUGAUGAGACCAUUGGUAGUUUCAUGAACAUCGAUAUCCUCCCUAUGGCUGACGUCGUUGUCUCAUCACUCACAAAGGCAUUCUCGGGCGAAACGAACGUCAUGGGCGGAAGCAUAAUAUUGAAUCCCGAAGGCAGGCACUACGAGGAUAUUCGCGAUUAUGUAGUCGAUACUUACGAAGACAGCUACUGGUUUGAAGAUGCGAUAUUCAUGGAACGCAACUCACGAGACUUUUGCAGUCGUAUCAAGAAGGUAAACGAGACGACAGAAGCUAUCUGUGACUACUUUUACAUGAUGUCAGAAACCAAUGGCCGCGGAAAUGGCGUUAUCAAGGAGGUAUUCUAUCCUAAAUACUCUACUAAAGACAAUUACACCGCUAGGAAGAGAGAAGGCGGUGGUUAUGGUGGUUUAUUUAGUCUGACCUUUGGUAGUUCGAAAAAUACACAAGAAAGGAAUGGAGAAAUUGCACGUGUGUUCUUUGACAAUCUUAACCUCGCGGCUGGUCCUUCUUUAGGCUGCAACUUUACCCUUGCAAGCUGCUAUGCCAUCCUCGCUCACUACACGGAGCUCGAUUGGAUCGAGUCGUAUGGUGUCGAUAGGAAUCUCAUUAGAUGCUCAAUUGGUUUGGAAGACGUUAACGAGCUCCUUGCCGUAUGCAAGUUCGCACUCGAUAAGGCUAUGGAUGUCAUAACUUGA